CACAUUUCAAUAUAUAAAGUGUAUUAUUGAAUGGCAACAUAUUCAUUUUUUUGGCAACUCACAAUUUUACAUAGUUUGUUUUGAGCUACUUUCUAUUUCGCUUACGAUACCGUAAGGUAUGAUAUCGAUACAAAGGUCUACAAAUAAGAACAAAGACACAGUCAUGGCCGAUUACCUUCGGACAAUACUAUUAUUUGCCUUAGUGAUCUAUGCGGACUGCUGCUUCAUCAUGAUGCGUGGGGCAGAAACUAUCGAAUGCCAAUCCUCACAAGAACUUACGUUCCAGGUUACUAGAGACAUCGACAACGAGACAUGGAUCAUUGCCGAAUGCCAUCCAAAUGAGAAAUCGUGCUUCUUGAGAAAUCAGUCAUAUGAAUCGAAUUACAUUAUCGCUAACACAAGUACAGGAGGAUUGCUUGUAGUUAGAAAUUUUACAAGAGAAACUUUCGGUGUUUACAAAUGUUUUGAAACAUACAACCCCAAAAAGUUCAAAACAAUCGACAUUAGCAGUAGCACUGUACCACCAGAAUUCUUUCAACUGGAAACACAAGAUCAAUCAAAUUCGAAACAGAUCGUUUUCAAUAGGCUAAACGCUACGACAAAUGGAGGUUUUGCGCUACUUGAAUGCUUCUCAAGAACAAUCACAACAUUCCAAUUCAUGGCAUCUGGAACACAUGAUUUAAUCAGUAUUGCCACUUGUGACAUUACACAGAAGGCAUGUUACCUAGAAGACGAUACCCAUGAAAACCAGUACGCAAUCACAUAUGGCGGAAACAAAGGACACUUGCUGGUAGUAGACCUCAACGAAGACACUUCUGGGAGAUAUAGAUGUUGUGAAACACACAAUCUCAGCAAUUGUGACACUAUUACCAUUCCUCUUCAAAGACCAAAGAACCAAACUGAGAAAGAAAUGAGUGUUAAACCAUCCAUGCACAGAUUCACCAGCGAUAUAUCGGGCGUUUUAAGAUUUUUUAUCGGCACAUUGGGCGUUUUUGUGAUAACAUUGAUCGUAGAAAGGGUGAUACAAAUUGGCAUUACGUGUAGAAAUAUGUUCUGCAGACAGACACAAGCAGGUACCGGCGCGGAAAGAGAGCGACUGAACUAAAAAAAAACACCUGCAAAUCAGAACACUGUGAUAUUUUGUAAUACAGUAGACGACCUAGCGUUAUGCACACCAUGUCAAGUAAAUCUUGGUCAAAGAACAAUGAAUGGCGAUUAGUGGGAUAAUACAAAAUUGAAUGCAUAUAUGACUCCACUUUAAUUUCUCUUACGUAGAUGAAGUACUAUUAUAGCAUGGUACAAAUGAAUAUGCAUUACAUGCGGAUAUGUUAUGUAUUUACAGGCUUAAAUUCGUGUUAUUUCUUAUUAGAGGUGUUUUAUUGUUGCGGUAAAUGAUAUUAUAUUGAUUUGCGUUUUCUAUGAGCCUGUGAUAUGUAUGUGUCUUUCGUCCAUUUCUAGUUUGUGUAUGAAGAAUUGAACUAUAUUGUUGACCGGAUACUUUUAAGAAUUCCAGUCAUCAGCUAGUGGCAAUGUAUAUUAUGUUAGAAUUGUAUGCAUGCACGCCGGAUAACAUUAUGCCACGGGAUUAAAUACAAAAUACACGUACGUCCUUAUGGAAUAUAAUAAACAAUGUUGCGCUUGUAAUUCAAUUUGAAGAAGAUAUCGUAGAUUCAACGAUUUAUUAAUAAUAAAAAGUGAUCUGCCGUGUCAAUGUAUGCUGUAUUCUGACCGGUUUGGAAUUUUAAUUACAAACACACUUGCAUUCUAGUUUGUAAACAACUCAAUUUUCUAACGUUGGCUUGAUGCUAUGUCCAAUUCUAAAAGUCGAUACUGCAGAACAAGAAUUUAAUUAUCUAGGAUACAAUGAAAUAGAAUAAUCUUCAUCGUUUUUGUAUAGCUGUUAGAUGCAAAUGGCUAGAAGUGAUGAAAAUAAGAUGACUAUUAUAGUCGGGAAGAACCCAUACAUGCUAGCAAAUUUAGGUUAAAAACGUGCAGAAACACAUAUAUGUUGACCAUACAUAUUGCUAAAGGGCUUUACAAAUUUAUUUAGUUUAUGCUAGAUACAUACAUGUAUAAUACACGGUAGGUUUCGGGAAGGAGAACGUUUAUUCGGUUCGGAACACAAAAGUUGGUCUCGUUAAACCCCGACAUAUUGUCAAUUUCUUAACAUCACCGAAAAAAAUGUUUACCUCCCGAAACCAAUUAUGCAUUCUCGAUAUGAAUCUCUUUGGCAUGUUUUGUUUUUGUUCGGUAGUUUUAAUUCCUAGAAUUGGUAAAAGAUUUACUGUCUUUAUAGCAAGUAGUUACUGAGUUUCAGUUGAUUGUGAAGGGAACUAUUGCUCCAUUUAUUAACUCAUUGUUUUAGGUUAUGUUAUAUUGUUUGAUGUUGUGUUGUGUUAAGGUUUUGUUGAGUUAAAUGUUCAAGAAGAAAUAAUACUUUCAUAGGCCAUGAUAUUUAGAUAUACGCAUUCCAAAUGUUCAAAAAGAAAUCAAACUUUGAUAGGCCAUGAUAUUCAGAUAUACGCAUUCCAAAAAUCUCUGCAUAAAUAAUCACUAAAAUAUAUUUGCCUUAUUAUUCUAAGUAUAGAUUGAAAUAGAGUAUGGUUUUGAAUGUUCUUAAUAUAGUUUUACUUGAUAGUAAAUUUCGAAAAAAAGCAAUAAAACUAAUAAUUUCUUAAAAGGCCUCAUGUAAAGUAUCCUUUAUAUACCGUUACCUUGUAUAAUAAAUGUUUGUUAAAUACCUUUAUAAAUUCCACAGAUUAUUUAGUUCAGAAAAAAGAACAUGUAUGUCGUUUGCCACAAUUACGGUUUGCGGAAAAAAUGUAAUUAAUAUUAGUCAUGUUGUUUAUCACACCAUAAUGAGUCUGAAAGAUUACCAUCAUAUACUAGUUAUGAAAUCGUAUUGCAAGCAGCUUUGUAAGUGAACGAAAGUAAAAUCUACAAAUAAUAUAAACUUUCUAAAUUGUUUAAAAAAUGUCUUUCUUGAUCACACGUAAUGCAUUUUUGUAGCCCAAGACAUCAAUCUUUAUUGUUAUAAAGUCACACAUACAGACAAAACAAUAUGACCCGCGUCAUGCGAAAAUGGGUCUUAUGCCAUAUGCGAGCAGAUUAACUCCAUACAGACCUGCACAUCCCCGCAGCCUGGUCAGGAGCUACGCUGCCGCAUUUGACAUACAGCCCAUUUUCUCAUGACGAGGCUGUUAUGUCAAUAUUUAUGUAGAAUAGGUAAGUGUUACUAUAUGUGUUUAUUUUUCAUGUAAAAUGCGUACGUCCCUUGUCUUGUAUGUGUCCAUUUACAUCUCUUGAGUUAUUCAGCCCCUUGGCCUGCGUGCGUCCAGCCAUGUACUGUUAUGUAAUACAAGAUUUUUAUUAGUCAGUUCCAAAAACCUAGUACAAUUCAGUGCAAACUUACUGGCCAUGCUUUCCUUUGCUUCUAGGCUGUCGAAAGACAUACUUGUUUCAAUCUAAUAUGACUGCGUUUUUUUCUUCCAACCUGGUGUGUUUUUUAUUGUUUGUAUUUUGCAAUUAUAUAUUUUCUGCAAUGAACAUGAAUUGAACAACUUUGAAAUAUUGUACAUGUAUUUAUGUUUAGAAGGUUGUGGCAUAUGUUAAUUGUGUUAUUUUGUGUGUGUUUUUAGGUUUCUGUAUUCUGUUAUAUCUAUUUACAUAUAUACAAGAAUUUAUACUCUUGGAAAUAAAUAAACAUCAAACAUUG